AUGUGUGGACGUUAUUCAUUGGCCCUGAGACCGGCACAAAUUCGUCAGAUGUUGCAAGACGACGACAUGUCGGUAGACGAGACGCCAGACGACGAAGGCGACGAGACACCUAGGCAGAGUUACAACUUUGCUCCUAGCUACCACGGCAUCGUCUACCGUGCCGACGUACCGGACUGGGGAGCCGGCCCUCGAAGGCAUCACGAAAACGCCACGCCCGAUAAAGUCGCGGCCGAAGAGCAUGCGGAAUGGGAGGCCGCGGGCGACGCGUCCUCGGCGCACCCCGUCAGCUAUAAGCUGCAGAGCAUGAAAUGGGGCCUGGUCCCCUUCUGGACCAAGCGGAGUCCGGAUCGCGGUUCGACGAUGAAGACCAUCAAUUGCCGGGACGACUCGCUCGCGCAGGGCGGGGGCAUGUGGAGCACGAUGAAGGCUCGGAAGCGAUGCAUCGUCGUCGCUCAGGGCUUCUACGAAUGGCUGAACAAGGGCGGGGGCCGAGAGAAGAUCCCGCACUACGUCAAGCGCAAGGACGGCAAGUUGAUGUGCUUCGCCGGGCUAUGGGACGUGGUGCAGUACGAGGACGGCGGGCAGAAGCUUUACACGUAUACGAUCAUCACAACGAGCUCGAACAAGCAGCUCAGCUUCCUGCACGACCGUAUGCCGGUCAUCCUAGACAACGGAUCUGAGGCCAUGCGCACCUGGCUUGAUCCCGCGCGCUACGAGUGGUCGAAGGAGCUGCAGGCCUUGCUCAAGCCCUUCGACGGCGAGCUCGACGUGUACCGCGUCAGCAAGGACGUCGGCAAGGUCGGCAACGACUCGCCCACCUUCGUCGUCCCGAUCGACAGCAAGGAGAACAAGGCCAGCAUCGCGAACUUCUUCGCAAGCAAGGCGGAUUCGCAGCUGAAGCCGCAAGUAGAGGUCAAGAAGGAGGAGGAAGAGAAAGAAAGCCUGGCCGCUACCACUGGGGACGCAGCGUGUGCGGAGGAAAGAAUGGAUGAGGAAGCAGAGGGAAAGGAGGCAUCGACGGGUAUCAAGAGAGAAGCCGAGGGCGAACCUGCACACGGGGCGGCCCCGAGCCCGAAGAAGGUGGCUACGACGACGCCGACGAAGUCCACCCCGUCGCCGCGGAAAGGGUCUGGGCGGAAGAUCGGCACUGCGGCAACGGUAAAUAACACUAACAAGGCCAAGAAGAGCCCGAGCAAGACAAAGCAGGUGGCCGACUCGCAGAAGAUCACAAGCUUCUUCGGGAAGAAGUCGUGA